AUGCAGCGGGUAGUCGAAGUGCGUUACUGGGCAUUUAUUAGACUAUUCUAUUCAUUAUACCUCUUCCUUCAUAUAUUCAUCCCGUUGUGGAAAAUUAUUGGUAUGUUGAUGCUAUAUAUCCCAUUCGGAAUUGUUUCAGUAGACGAUACACCAAUCGAAAAAAAGUUGCGAAUCCAACACAGCAAGGAUGAGGAGAAGCAGUUUGCGCAGGCGUUUCGGGUACCAUACGAUGACCCAAAGGGGAAACGCGUGGAUCGUUUCGUGAGCUUCUGUAAUAAGUGUGUUAAAAUGUGGAAUCCAGCAAAGUAUUAUGCCUUGUACUCAUCAAUAGUGCAGUCAAGCGGCACUGGUAAAUCAAGACUACUUGCGGAAGUCGCUAAGAAACGAUAUGUCAUUUACUGCUGUCUCCGAGGUCCUGGUAGCACAGGUUACCCCCCAAGUUCACCCAUUCGUCGUAAGCUUAUUACAGAUGCUCAAGCAACAGAUCCUCGAAAAUGGCCAAGUGAAAGACUCUACGUCUCCUUCUUGGUUGCUGCCAUCGAAGUAUUUCAAAACACAAUGUCUAACAAUCGUAUGGACUGUGGUGCGUGGUUCAAUUACCAUACCAAUGAAUCCUGCAGCUACUGGAAAGAGGUCGAAGAGCGUAUGGACUAUCUCAGCUAUGAAAAGAGAGCAGAUUUCAGUGAAAUACAUCAAAAAGAUGCGAUCGCCAGGGCUCUGAAGAAUGUUGGGUGUUUCGACAAGAGAUUUGUCACACAUUUGAUCUUUGCGUUCGACGAGGCACGUUCUCUUCUGCCAUCAAGGUCAAACGCUGACUAUUUCUCAUCGUUGCGUCGCGCCUUGCGGUGCCUUCCAACAUACCACCCAAGUCAACACCAAGCAUUCGCAGUAAUGCUUGAUACGACGUCAGCUGUAGCUGACUUUUUGCCUGAAAUGGAACGCGAUCCUUCCAGUCGUCCUUUGAUCGAAGGAUUGAAGUUGAUGCCACCAUUCUACCUUCUUGAUACAAUCGAUGAUACUAUAACUGUCGCAACCCCCCCCAGAUCCAUCGAAGAAAUGUAUUGUGGGCAGCGAUUACUACAACUGGGCCGCCCAUUGUUUCGUUCGUACAUCCAGGCCGGCGAUUUAUCUUUUUUCUCAACACAUCUCAGUACGCUUAAGAAUACUGCUGCUGCUAAGCUUGUUGGAGGCGAGUUUCCUCGUGUUGUUCAGAUGACUGAUGCACUAAGCGUGCUUUCUUGCCGCGUGUGUGUUGAUAUAGUCCCAACAAACCAUAUCGCGUCACAACUGGUAGCAAGCUACAUGCGGUUUUGUGUGUUCGUCAGCGAAUCGCGUCAGUAUCUAUUCACUAUUGCACCUUCGGAACCGUUUCUUGUCGACGUGGCAACUGACCUUAUGUAUCAAAAUGGUUGUCUGGUGAAAUUGAUCAAGCAACUGUCAGACGCAAUGAGAUGUGGCGUUGUAGAUGGUGGCUCUCGGGGAGAACUUGUUGCUCGUUUAUUGUUAAUUUUGGCUGUGGAUCAAGCCAUCAAGCAAUCAUUGUGGAAGCAAGAGCUUUCACACACAUGUCCAGUCACUGUGGAACUAUUCUUUGAUCACCUCUUCGGCACUGAUGCACUCUCAAAACCUGUAUGCAGCUCUACUGACCAGCGGGAGUUAUUCAAGCGGGGGCUGAUCUUCUUCACGCACUUCAUUCCUGUUUACUACAAGCCAAGGUGUCAGCACCUUCUUCAUGCGCUGACUCGUGGUGCGGCGAUAAUCUGUGAACGAAAUAACCAAGGAGUGGAUAUAAUCAUACCGGUUUUGCUACCAGCUGAUGUUGAUACCAAUUAUACUGACUUACAUGCAGAUGACUUCACAUGCGAAGAAGAUUUUCCUUCGAAUUUUAUCCCAGAAUUUCCGGAAGACAAUGAAGAAACUAGUCUCUUUGCUGCCUAUGAUAAUCACGGUGAUAGAAGCAAGAAGCGAAGGUUAGGCUCUGAAACAACCUCCAAAAACGAGUUUAAGAAUUUUAGGUUGCAUCCUUCACGUGUGUCAUUCAUUCUCAUACAAGUCAAAAACUAUCAAGAUUCGAUCGAUUCUUUCAGCCGCAUUGCACGUGAGACAAUUAAUCCCACGGUUUGUGGCAUAAUGGAUGAACCUGCGCGUUUCCCAUAUGCAUCGGUUUAUAUGCAGUUUGGAAGUAAAGGAAAGAGAAAUCCCGUGAUAGAGGCAUUGCCCCUGCACGAGCAACAAUGUCGACAGGAUAGCAGUGGCAUGUCCACAAAAGUGUACACAGACGAUGAACUCAAAGCGCUAAAUAUGUAUCAAAUUGGGUUGGCAGCCUUCGGAUUGGAUGAUAGCAUUUAUCCAUGUCUUCGUAAUACAGGUCAUGCAAGCAAAUCUCUGAUUGAAGUUCUACAACUUCUACUUGUCUCAUGGCCAGAUCCUGCACGCAUGAACGGAAGAAAAGGAUCCAAUGAAAAUGCUGCUGUUCGACGCUGUGCGAUAGGAAGUUAUGCUACAGAAUGGAACGAUGCAUCCUUCUGGGACCAAAUAAGCAAUGAGGAGUCAAAUGAAUAA